UGCUGGUCCCGAGUACCAUGUGUGACGGCGCCCUGCUGCCUCCUCUCGUUCUGCCCUUGCUGCUUCUCUUGGUUUGCGGACUGGACCCGGGCACAGCUGUCGGUGACGCGGCGGCCGACGUGGAGGUGGUGCUCCCGUGGCGGGUGAGCCCAGAAGUCGUGCACCUGCCGCCGCUGCCCGGAGCUCCCGGGCCUAGACGGCGGCGGCGCCCCCGCGCGCCCCCAGCCGCCCCGCGCACCCGGCCGGGAGAGCGCGCCUUGCUGCUGCACCUGCCGGCCUUCGGGCGCGACCUGUACCUGCAGCUGCGCCGAGACCUGCGCUUUUUGUCCCGAGGCUUCGAGGUGGAGGAGGCGGGUACAGCUGGACGACGAGGACGCCCCGCCGAUCUGUGCUUCUACUCCGGACGCGUUCUAGGCCACCCCGACUCCCUCGUUUCGCUCAGCGCUUGCGGCGCCUCCGGCGGCCUGGUGGGCCUCAUCCAGCUGGGGCAGGAGCAGGUGCUAAUUCAGCCCCUCAACAACUCCCAGGGCCAGUUCAGUGGACGGGAGCAUCUGAUUAGGCGCAAAUGGUCCCUGACACCCAGCCCCUCUGCCGAGGCCCAGACACCUGGACAGUUCUGCAAGGUCCUAAAAGAAAAGAAGAAGCUGAGGAAGGGCAAGCUGUCACAGGACUGGCGGGAGCGGAGGAAUGCCAUUCAGCUCACCAAUGAGCGCACAGUGGAGACCCUGGUGGUGGCUGAUGCAGACAUGGUGCAGUACCAUGGGGCAGAGGCCGCCCAGAGGUUCAUCCUUACUGUCAUGAACAUGGUAUACAAUAUGUUCCAGCACCAGAGCCUUGGAAUUAAAAUUAACAUUCAGGUUACCAAGCUUGUCCUGCUGCGCCAGCGUCCUGCCAAGUUAUCCAUCGGGCACCAUGGUGAGAGAUCCCUGGAGAGCUUCUGCCACUGGCAGAAUGAGGAAUAUGGUGGGGCACGGUACCUUGGAAACAAUCAGGUUCCAGGCGGGAAGGAUGAUACACCCCCUGUGGACGCUGCUGUGUUUGUGACCAGGACAGAUUUCUGCGUACACAAAGAUGAGCCAUGCGAUACUGUUGGAAUUGCUUACUUAGGAGGUGUGUGCAGUGCUAAGAGGAAGUGUGUGCUCGCAGAAGACAAUGGUCUCAAUUUGGCCUUUACCAUCGCUCAUGAGCUGGGCCACAAUUUGGGGAUGAACCAUGAUGACGACCACUCAACCUGCGCUGGCAGGUCCCACAUCAUGUCAGGAGAGUGGGUGAAAGGCCGGAACCCCAGUGACCUCUCUUGGUCUUCCUGCAGUCGAGACGACCUCGAAAACUUCCUCAAAUCAAAAGUCAGCACCUGCUUGCUGGUCACAGAUCCCAGGAGCCAGCACAUGGUGCGCCUCCCACACAAGCUGCCAGGCAUGCACUACAGCGCCAACGAGCAAUGCCAGAUCCUGUUCGGCACCAACGCCACCUUCUGCAGAAACAUGGAGCAUCUGAUGUGUGCUGGGCUGUGGUGCCUGGUAGAAGGUGAUACAUCCUGCAAGACCAAGCUGGACCCUCCCCUGGAUGGCACUGAGUGUGGGGCAGACAAGUGGUGCCGCGCAGGGGAAUGUGUGAGCAAGACGCCCAUCCCGGAGCAUGUAGACGGAGACUGGAGCCUCUGGGGCACCUGGAGCAUGUGCAGCCGAACGUGUGGGACUGGAGCCCGCUUCCGACAGAGGAAAUGUGACAACCCCCCACCUGGGCCAGGAGGCACACACUGCCUCGGUGCCAGUGUGGAGCAUGCAGUCUGUGAGAACCCACCCUGCCCCAAGGGUCUGCCCAGCUUCCGGGACCAGCAGUGCCAGGCGCAUGACCGACUGAGCAGCAAGAAGAAGGGCCUGCUAACAGCAGUGGUGGUUGAUGAUAAGCCAUGUGAACUCUACUGCUCACCCCUGGGGAAGGAGUCUCCGCUACUGGUGACUGACAGGGUCCUGGAUGGCACUCCCUGUGGGCCCUACGAGACUGACCUCUGCGUGCACGGCAGGUGCCAGAAAAUUGGCUGUGAUGGCAUUAUCGGGUCUGCAGCCAAAGAAGACCGGUGCGGAGUCUGCAGCGGGGAUGGCAAGACCUGCCGUGUGGUAAAGGGCGACUUCAGCCACUCCCGGGGGACUGCUCUUAAAGACUCCAGCAAGGGAUCCAUCAACAGUGACUGGAAGAUAGAGCUUCCUGGAGAGUUCCAGAUUGCAGGUACCACCGUCCGCUAUGUGAGAAGGGGCCUAUGGGAGAAGAUUUCUGCCAAGGGACCAACCAAACUCCCCCUACAUUUGAUGGUAUUGUUGUUUCACGACCAAAAUUACGGAAUUCACUAUGAAUACACUGUUCCUGUAAACUAUACUGCUGAAAACCAAAGUGAGCCUGAAAAGCCACAGGACUCUUUGUUUAUCUGGACCCACAGUGGCUGGGAGGGGUGCAGCGUGCAGUGUGGAGGAGGAGAACGCAGAACCAUCGUAUCGUGCACAAGGAUUGUUAACAAGACCACAACUCUGGUGAACGACAGUGACUGCCCUCAAGCAAGCCGCCCAGAGCCCCAGGUCCGAAGGUGCAACUCACAUCCCUGCCAGUCACGGUGGGUGGCAGGCCCAUGGAGCCCCUGCUCAGCAACCUGUGAGAAGGGUUUCCAGCACCGAGAGGUGACCUGUGUGUACCAACUGCAGAAUGGCACACACAUUGCCACACGGCCCAUCUACUGCGCAGGCCCCCGGCCAGCACCGGUGCAGAGCUGCGAAGGUCAGGACUGCCUGUCCAUCUGGGAGGCAUCUGAGUGGUCACAGUGUUCUGCCAGCUGUGGUAAAGGGACACGGAAACGGACAGUCACAUGCACCAACUCCCAAGGGAAAUGUGAUGCCUCCAUGAGGCCAAGAGCAGAGGAGGCGUGUGAGGACUACUCGGGCUGCUACGAGUGGAAAACAGGGGACUGGUCAAAGUGCUCAUCGACCUGCGGGAAGGGGCUGCAGUCCCGUGUGGUACAGUGCAUGCACAAGGUCACUGGGCGUCAUGGCAGCGAGUGUCCUCCCCUCUCAAAGCCAGCUGCCUACAGACAGUGCUCCCAGGAGGUCUGCAACGACAAGAUCAAUGCCAACACCAUCACUUCCCCUCGCCUCGCUGCUCUGACCUACAAAUGCACAGGGGAUCAGUGGACAGUGUACUGCCGGGUCAUUCGGGAAAAGAAUCUCUGCCAGGACAUGCGGUGGUACCAGCGCUGCUGCCAGACCUGCAGGGACUUCUAUGCAAACAAGAUGCGCCAGCUGCCACCACCAAGCUCAUGACGCUCAGCCUGGGGGUUGCACAGCACUCAG